AUGGCGAGCGCGGCGCCCGCGCGGCCGCGGCAGCCGGAGACGGGCGGGGAGAACGGCGGCGGGCGGGAGCGGCCGGACAGCCCGCGGGAUGCAGCCCCGGCAGAGGUGUCGGGCGGGGCCGGGGCGGCGGCUCUGCUCGGGGAGACGGGUCUGGCGGUGGGCUGCUGCAUCGCCGCGGCGCUGAGCUGGGAGCGGCCCCUCCACAGCCUGGGCGGCUUCGUCUGCGCCAACCUGCUCUUCUGGUUUGUUGCGUUGACCCCUUGGAGAUUGUAUCAUCUGACCUCUCUCAUAAUACUUGGACUGCUAGUUCUACAGAUAAUAAAGGAUUUGGUGUUAUCUAGGAUAAAAGGUGCACAGCUUUGGAGGAGCAUCACUGACAACUGGGAAGUCAUCAGUUCCAGGCAAGACUACAGACUUAGAAUAAAUCAGUGCCUUUCAGAAGCACUGAUGAAUUUAUUUGUAUUUCUUCAAGAAAUGUCCCACUUCAAGGAACAAAACCCUGGCAAGUUUUGCCUACUAGUCUGCAGUGUAUGUACAUUUUUCACUGUCUUGGGAAGUUACAUUCCUGGAGUUGUCCUCUCCUAUGUCUUGUUAUUGUGUGCCUUUUUAUGUCCCUUCCUCAAGUGCAAUGAAUUUGGACAGAAAUUAUGCAACAAAGUUAAGUCUGUUCUGAUGAAACUAGAUUUUGGAAUAGUGGAAUACAUCAACCAGAAGAAAAAAGAGAGAUCUGAAACAGCAAAAACAAAAGCCACAGAAGAUGACAGUGAAUUAGACAUAUCAGCCCUGUGUCCUAAGGUUAGUCCUGCAGUUGUUGCCAAAGAGCUGUCAGUGUCUGACACAGAUGUAUCGGAAGUAUCUUGGACUGAUAAUGGGACCUUUAACUUAUCCGAGGGGUAUUCUCCACAGACAGACACAUCUGAUGAUUUUGACCGACCUAGUGAUCACGAAGAAGCUUUCGCUAGAGAUCUCUCAGAAUUCCCUUCUUUGGAAAAUGGUGCAGGAACAAAUGACGAUGAUGACUCGAGCAUUGGUAUGCCCAUCCAGCAAAACAGAAACAAAGAACAAAUGUCUUUAAAGGCGGAGCGUUCUUCCAGACAGAGUAAAGAGAGACCGUCCACCGCAGGGCUCUCCUUGCCUUUGACCAGUGACCAAACCUUUAAUUUAAUGAGCGGUAUUGCUGGGGAUGUCAUCGCUGCCGCGGUGACUGCUGCCAUCAAAGACCAGCUACAGUCUGUGCAGCCAGCUCCCUCACGCCCGGCGCCCAGCUUGAGUGAGGAGACAGACACCGAGGAAGCCGAUGAUUUUGAACUGCUCGACCAGUCAGAGCUUGAGCAGAUUGAGAAAGAAUUGGGACUUUCACAAGGCCAAGAAGCAGAAUCCCAGGAAAAAAAGAAGUCUUCAGGCUUCCUUUCACAUCUGCUUGGAAACCAUUAACCUGGGAAUUGCAGCUGG